AUGGAGGAGAACAGGUGGUUUUUGUCCAUCAUUCAGGAUGAGUUCAGGGAUGGGAAGAUCGAUUUAGACAGCACGAUGAAGCUGCUUACAAAAAUGCAAAUACCGUUUGAUUACAUGCACGUAAAACACGUUUUCAAGAAAACAAUUGACAAGCGGAAAGAACGGAAAAUUAACAUGGAAGACUUCAGGGCAAUUUAUCGGACCAUCGUACACAGACCUGAGUUUUAUGAACUCUUCUGUGCCUACUCUCCAAAUGGCAAAACUCUCUCUGACACUGAGCUGGCUGAAUUCCUCAGAAGAGAACAAUAUGAGACUGAAGCUUGUGAAACAAGUGCCUUGGAAAUUGUUUUGAAGUAUGAACCCAUCGAAGAAGUGAGGAAAAGAAGGCAGAUGUCAUUUGAAGGAUUUGCAAGGUACAUGAGCUCAGAAGACUGCUCAAUAUUUAGAAAGGACCAGAGGACUGUCUACCAAGAUAUGAGCCACCCAUUGUGUGACUAUUUUAUUUCGUCUUCUCACAACACCUACUUGAUAUCUGGCCAGCUGGUAGGACCCAGCGAUUUGUGGGGAUAUACCAGUGCUCUCUUGAAAGGAUGUCGUUGCCUGGAAAUUGACUGCUGGGAUGGCCCAAACAAUGACCCUGUUGUGUACCACGGUCACACUCUAACUAGCAAAAUUCUGUUUCGUUCUGUGAUCCAAGUGGUAGACAAGUACGCAUUUGUGGCAUCUGACUAUCCAGUUGUACUGUCUUUGGAGAACCACUGCAACCCAGAGCAACAGGAAAUAAUGGCAGACUAUUUACAAUCUAUUCUUGGUGACAGACUUCUUACUUCAACACUUGGCGAUACAGUGGUGACCGAGCUACCGUCUCCUGAGGCAUUAAAAUUCAAAAUUCUGGUGAAAAACAAAAAAGUUGGAACAAUUGAGGAAGGUAUGCUGAGGAGACACAUGGACAGACAUGGUGAGACAGGGGAAGUGAGUGAAUCAGAAGAUGGAUCUGAUGAAGAGGAGGCUCGUGAAAAGACUCCCCUUUACCAAAAGACUGAUUCCUUUAAAAGAAAAAGUGACAGUAGACACUCAACUCCACCUCGAAAAAAGUCCAAGAUGAAGAAGAAAAAAAUUGCCCUUACGUUGUCAGACCUUGUGAUUUACACCCAGUCGGUGAAGUUUGUGAGCUUUGAGCACUCCCUGGCUCAUCAGAAGUGCUAUGAAAAUAAUUCCAUUGGGGAAGCAAGGGCACGAAAAUUUGUAAAACACUCAGCUAAAGAGUUUGUUUCACAUACUUCAAGAUUCAUUACAAGAAUAUACCCCAAAGCAUCAAGAACGAGCUCUUCAAACUAUAACCCUCAGGAUUUCUGGAACGUGGGGUGUCAGAUGGUGGCCUUAAACUUCCAGACAGAAGGACUGCAAAUGGAAUUGCAAAACGGGAAGUUCCUAGACAAUGGUGGCUGCGGCUACAUUCUGAAACCAGAAUUCUUGAGAGACCGGCGUUCGACAUUUACCCCACACAACGUGGGGACGCACAGCCAGCCAGUGUCUCUGUCAGUAAAGCUCAUCAGCGGUUACCAGUUACCACCUAGCAACCUGUCGAAGACUAACAAAGCUGACCCCCUCGUGCAGAUAGAAAUUUAUGGUGUGCCAGAAGAUCAAACAAAAAGAAGAUCUAGUGUUAUAAAAAGCAAUGCUUUGAACCCUCGAUGGGAUGAAACUUUCUCUUUCACUGUCCAAGUUCCACAACUGGCACUGAUACGCUUCUGUGUCGAGGACGAGAUAUCUGUGGUUGCAAAUGAAUUCCUCGGUCAAUACACUUUGCCAGUGCUCAGCCUGGGUAGAGGUUACCGUAACAUUCCCCUGCUGUCCAAAGAUGGUGGCAAUCUCGAACCUGCAUCACUCUUUGUUCAUGUCUGGUACUACUAACAAUGCUCUGCAGCAGCAACUGCUCUGGAAGAUCACAUCCCACUUAAUAAAGCAACAUCACUUGGUUUGCAGCAGCCCACUCAUCU